CAAAAGGCAAAGCACAACACUUCAUAAGAGUUUUUCACAUUUCCAAUUUACAAUACAUCAUUAUAUACGUGACAUUUUAUAAUAAAAUAAAAUAGGAAAGGAAAGGAAAUAUUAUUUCCCAACAGAAAUAAGUGGUGAAUGAAAAGAAAGGUCCAAAAGCAUAUAAUAGAAACAUGCAGGAAAAAAACAACAACAACUCAACUGAAGUGAUUGAUACCCACCAGCAUUCUCCGACUUUUAUUUCUCUCUUUCUCUCUCUCUCUUCAAAUAUAUUACCCAAGAGAAGAAGAGAACAAAGGAGAAGAAACUUCUCUUCAUCUUCCUCUCCUUAAAUUUCCACAUUCUCUCUCUGUCUCUCUCUCUCUAAAAACAGAGUUAGUUGGCGCAGGCAUGAAAAACACGAUACGGUGCUGCAUUUCGUGCAUUCUACCAUGCGGCGCGCUCGACGUGAUCCGAAUAGUGCACACCAACGGCCGCGUGGAGGAGAUCAGCGGCGCCGUAACCGCCGCGGAGAUCAUGAAACUGCAUCCCAAACACGUCCUGAAGAAGCCGUCGUCGGCGGCGGACGGCAUGUGCCCCAAAAUAAUCGUCGUUCCGCCCGACGCGCAGCUCCAGCGCGGCAAGAUUUACUUCCUCAUGCCCCUUCCGCCGCAGCCGCAGCCCAAACUCCACACCAAGAGGAAGAAGAACGAACCUUCUAGAACCAACACCGCUUCCAAAUCCGCCGGAAAUAAUAACUCCGUCACCGACCUACUCAUUUCCGAUCGUUAUCUCAGCGAGAUUUUGUCGGAGAAGGUCUCGUCGCAGAGAGAUCGCCGGCGAGGCCGCGGCCGAGUUUGGAGACCGCAUUUAGACAGCAUUACGGAGGGAGCAUCGGAUGCGUGAUUCAUGCCGAGUAUUUUUUCUUUUUUCUUUUUCUUUUUUUUUUUUAGUUUUUACUUCAUCAGAUUAUUUACUAGGGUUUCUCAACUGAGUUAAUACUAUUGGCUGUAACCCUUAAUUUCUUGUUUUCAUAUAUAGUUUUUUUUUUUGUUAUUGCUCA